GCCUAUAAGUGGAUAAGAGGGUCUCUGAUGAAGGGUCUAGGCCCGAAACGUCAGCUUUUGUGCUCCUGCGAUGCUGCUUAGCCUGCUGUGUUCAUCCAGCCUCACAUUUUAUUGUCUUGGAUUCUCCAGCAUCUGCAGUUCCCAUUAUCUCUGCCUAUAAGUGGUACCACCCACAACGACUCGGCCCUGCCCCUGUUUUACCGAGACCCGCCCCUGCGCUUACCGCCACGGCCGCCCCGCUCUGCGGUGUUACGUCGUGGCGUGCACCGCUGGAAGUGAUGUAGAAACUUGGUCGCGCGGACGGAAGGUCAGAUCCGGUGAGGGGGUGGGGUGUGCGGGCUACCGACUAUGGACAGCCGUUUGCAGGAGAUCCGAGAGCGGCAGAAACGGCGGCGUGAACUGUUAGCCCAGCAGCUAGGAGCUGAAAGCGCAGACAAUAUUGGAGCAGUCCUGAACAGUAAGGAAGAACAGAGGGAGAUCGCUGAAACCAGGGAAACUUGCAGGAGCAGACUCUUUUGGGCAACAUAUGACACGUCUGCACCGACCGCCAAGCGUAAAUUUCAAGAAGAUGGGGAAGCUAGUGAAGAAGAAUUUGAAGAAUACAAAGAUGAAGUGGUGGAAGAAGAAGAAACAGAAAUGCAAUAUAAUGAGGAAAUUUAUAAGGAUUCCAGCACAUUCUUAAAGGGUACACAAAGCCUCAAUCCACAUAAUGACUACUGCCAGCAUUUUGUGGACACAGGUCAUAGACCCCAAAACUUUAUUCGUGAUGUUGGCCUGGCAGACAGAUUUGAAGAGUAUCCUAAACUCCGUGAACUGAUCAGACUGAAGGAUGACCUAAUUUCCCAAACCAACACUCCCCCCAUGUAUUUACCAGCUGACCUAGAGACAUUUGAUAUCAGAGAGCUGAAGUGCAAGUUUGACGUUAUUUUGGUGGAGCCACCUUUGGAAGAAUACUACAGAGAAACUGGAGUAACAGCUGUUGAGAAAUGCUGGACAUGGGAUGAUAUCAUGAAGCUCGAAAUUGAAGAAAUUGCCGCUCCAAGGUCAUUUGUCUUCUUAUGGUGUGGUUCUGGGGAUGGACUUGACCUUGGAAGAGUGUGCCUACGCAAGUGGGGUUUCAGGCGUUGUGAAGAUAUUUGUUGGAUCAAAACCAAUAAGAAUAAUCCUGGAAAAACGAAAACCCUGGACCCAAAGGCAGUCUUCCAACGAACAAAGGAACACUGCCUGAUGGGGAUCAGAGGAACAGUACGUAGAAGUACCGAUGGUGAUUUUAUUCAUGCAAAUGUGGACAUUGAUCUGAUUAUUACAGAAGAGCCAGAGAUUGGAAACCUUGAAAAGCCAGUGGAAAUAUUUCAUAUUAUUGAACACUUCUGUCUGGGACGAAGAAGGUUGCAUAUUUUUGGAAGGGAUAGCACAAUAAGACCAGGAUGGCUGACUGUGGGUCCUAGUCUUACAAACAGUAACUUUAAUGCUGAAGUCUAUAGCUCAUACUUCACUGGUACUAAUGUGCACCUGACUGGUUGUACAGAGGAGAUUGAGAGACUUCGCCCCAAGUCACCACCUCCAAAAUCCAAAUCAGAUAGGGGAGGUGGAGCCUCUCGAGGUGGAGGAAGAGGUGGACCUUCGGCUGCACGUGGAGAUAGAGGAAGAGAAAGAAACAGAGGAAAUUUCAGAGGAGAAAGAGGGGGAUUCCGAGGACGUGGAGGUGCCCAUAGAGGAUUUGCUCGGUGAUGGCAGUAGCCAAAAGGGGAUUCAGUUGAAAUGACAGUGGAAGCAGGAUUUCAGAAUCACAAUCUGAAUUAAUUACUGCUCUCCAAUUUUUUUUUACUACUUGAUACAUACUAUUUAACCAGGGAGUAAUACCUGCAUAAGAACAAAACUUACACAGGUAAUGUGUACACAAGCAACAGUUUGUGCACGUUCAUCACGAAAAAUGUAUUGUAAUACUCAAAGUACGGUAUAGCUGUCUUUAAAUCUGAUGCAGUAAUUUAAAUUGUUUUCCAAUUUAAAACUCAUUGCAAGUCUUUUAAAGCUGUAAAAUGUCAAACAAACUUAAAGUCCAGAAGCUAAAAAUAAUGUUUUGAGUUCAUUGUUUUGAAGAUAUUUGUGUUUUGCCCUUGUCAGUUUGGCUUGAUCUUAUUAGAUGGCGUAACUGUAGUGUCAGUUUCCCAGCCAGUUGGUGCAGCUCCUCUCAGAACUAUUGUAAUUGAUUAUCUAUGGGCAAGUAACGGACACUGUCAGCUUCUGCCUGAUCAGGUUGGAGCCAAGACCAUGUCCCCAGUCUUCUCUGUUCUGUUCAUAGGUGUCAAAAUUAUUUUAACCCAUUACCUUAACAAUAUGUCAGAAAAAUUAUGAUCACAUUAUAAAAGCUGUCGUCAGCUCUCAACAGAUUUUGGAUACUGCCCUGCCAGGUUCAGAUGAGAUGGAUGAUAUUGAGAAGUUUGUGCCUUACGUUGUAGUGCUUUCAUUUUCAGAGCAUCAACUUAUAAACAGACUUAAAAAUUUAAGCAUUGUUAAAUUUCAUAUAAUUUAAUUCCAUUAAAGACACAAACAAAAGUGGAAUAUUCUAUUUGUUCAUUAUCAUAAACUUUUAAUUCUGUUGCAUUUUCCAUUACAAUUUGUUGUUAACUGUUUCAUGGUAAUAUCUUCCAUUGAAAAUGAUCCCAAAGUACAAUGUCUAGAAAGAAAUUGCAGGAUGAGUGUAACUCUGGUGACAAAUUAAAAUCCAGUUGAUCAUUAUAGAGCAAUUGAUAAAAAAAAGCAAAUUACUGAGUGGAAAAUAUUCUAAAUGAGUAAUACAUAACCACAUAGCUUUUGAGGCCAUUUGGCUCAGUAAUUUAUCAAAUUCAAUUAAUUUUGCUUCUGAAGUAAAUCAUUCUGACAGCCACAAGUUUGUAAAAACCUGUUAAAGCAUUUUAGUAUCGAUCGAGCUUUUUAUUUUAAAUACAAAGGUUUUACCUUUUUGAAUAUUUUUAAAAAAAACUAAGUGAAAAUGAAUAUUUUCAAGAACUGUCAAGUUAAAACUGAGCAAUCUGUUUGAUGUCCUCAAAUUUUGUAAAGCGAUGACACCACAUCUGUAUGAGGCUCCCCCUUGUAUGCCAUCUGAUCAAUCAGGCAGUUUUGGUAUCUGAGACUCUUUUGGUCAAGGAUAAAAUAAAUUUCAUGUGCUUUAUUUUAGUUAAUGUUUUGUCUAUUGUGGAAUUGUUAGCUUUGUUAUUUAAAUUUGAUUGUUGAAAGAUACUUGAAACAUUGUAUUUACUUGCAGUCCAGAAUGAAUUUAUGGCAUAUCAGUUUGUGAUGAACUGCUAUUUCACAUACUCUAACCAGAUCAAUUGUUUACCACACUGCCAAGUUACAGAUUUUUUUUCAAGUGUUCAAGUAUUUGAUUGACAGUUUUGUUCCUGAUCUUCAGGUGACAAAUACCUAGUG